CAUUUUUUCAACAAAAACAAAACAACAUGGCAUCAUCUUUAAGGUUCCUCAAAAUGUGUCUGUCUUUUACAAUGUUGUUGCACUUCCUCUUCUUCAUUUCACCUUCGCUCUCCUUUCUUCAACUGCAUCCCAAAAACAAUGACAUUCUCCUUUCUUCAACUCUCAUAAGAGGACUUAACCUUUUUCCUAAAAGUUCCAUAAACAUACCAGAGAAUGAUCCUCAUGUCCUCCAUGGAAACAUUGUGGAGAAGAAGUUCACUUUCCCCGGUUUUGAUGACUCUGGUUAUUCUGUUGAAGAACUUGGUCAUCAUGCAGGGUAUUAUAGUCUUCCUCAUUCCAAAGCUGCUAGGAUGUUCUAUUUUUUCUUUGAAUCUCGAAACAGUAAGGAUGACCCUGUCAUCAUAUGGUUAACCGGAGGUCCUGGAUGCGGUAGUGAAAUUGCCUUGUUUUAUGAAAAUGGACCAUUUCAGUUCUCAAAGGACAAGAACUUGUCCCUUGUUUGGAAUGAAUAUGGAUGGGACAAGGCAUCAAAUAUUAUAUUUGUAGACCAACCCAUUGGAUCAGGUUUCAGCUACACCACCGAUGUUAGUGAUGAUAUUCGCCAUGAUGAAGACAGUAUUAGCAACGAUUUGUAUGACUUCUUGCAGGCAUUUUUCAAGGAACACCCUCAGUUCACAAAGAAUGAUUUUUAUAUUACCGGAGAGUCAUACGCUGGACAUUACAUUCCAGCUUUUGCAUCUAGAGUUCACCAAGGAAACAAAGCAAAAGAAGGAAUUCACAUAAAUCUAAAGGGCUUUGCUAUUGGUAAUGGAUUAACCAAUCCUGAUAUUCAGUACAUGGCAUAUACAGAUUAUGCAUUAGAGAAUGGACUAAUUAAUAAGGAUGAAUAUGAAAGAAUCAACGAGUUGAUCCCACCAUGUCAAAAGGCCACAAAAAAAUGUGACACUGAAGGUGGACAUGCAUGCGGGACUGCAUUAACUACUUGUAUGAAAAUAUUCUAUCAGAUCACAAACAUCACCGGCAACACUAAUUACUACGACAUUAGAAAGAAAUGUGAGGGAGCUUUCGGUCAUUGUCAGGACUUCUCUGACAUAGAGACAUUGUUGAACAUGAAGACAGUAAAGGAAGCUUUAGGUGUUGGGGACUUGAAAUUUGAAUAUUGCAGUUUCUUAGUACAUGCUGCCUUGACGGAGGAUUGGAUGAAAAAUCUUGAAGUGGGUAUUCCUGCUCUUCUUGAGGAUGGAAUCAAGUUACUUGUGUACGCCGGAGAAAAAGAUCUAAUAUGCAAUUGGCUUGGGAAUUCGAGGUGGGUUGAUGCCAUGAAGUGGUCAGGUCAGACAACAUUUAAGGAGUCUCCUACAACUUCAUUUUUGGUGGAUAGUGAAGAAGCAGGAAUUCUGAAAAGCCAUGGACCUUUGGCUUUCCUUAAGGUGAAAGAGGCUGGUCACAUGGUUCCUAUGGAUCAACCAAAAGUUGCACUUCAGAUGUUACAAGAUUGGAUGCAAGGGAAACUGCACUCAGCACAAAACCAAAAUCACAUUCUUGUUGUAUAAACAUUAAUGGCAUUUCCUUGUAAACAUUGGAAUGAUGAAUAAAACUCAUUUGUUUUUCCCCAAGUCA